ACCCUCGAAUAUUCAGGGCUCUUUCGUCUGCGGACUAGUCCUGUUACGAGCCUUUAGCAUCUGGAAUAGGACUUUCUCCGUUGUACCUUUUCAUGAAGAAAAAGAAGACAUUGUUAUUUGACUUUCACGCAUGCGAUUAGACUACAGAGAAUACAAGCGCAUGUUUUACAACUUGACAUUUAUUUUCGGACGAUAUUCUACAGCCCGAUUGCAAAGAACUAAAACUAAAAAAAGAGUUUGGUGCUGAAUACAAAGUGAUACGGUGGUCCGAUGGCUCGCUCGCAUGACUAAUUAAUAGUCUAUCAGGACUCGGUCGCGCGCUGCCCAGUUGUUUGUGUUAUAAACUAUGGCGUUUAGGGCAAAAGCCUUGUACGACUUUAGUUCGGAAAAUCUAGGAGAGAUAUCGAUUACUGAGAACGAAGUUGUUACUUUAUACAGCGAACAAGACAUAGAGGGAUGGCUAGAGGGAACAAACAGCAGAGGGGAUACUGGUCUUUUUCCAGCCUCAUACGUGGAGAUUCUCAGAAAUGAAUCAUCUGACAUCUCGUCCAACAAUAAUGGCAUGUCGGCGGAUCAAGGUCAACCCGACUCCCCAUCAAGUGGUUAUGAUUCAUCAUACUAUUCCCAGUCCCACUCUCGUGCUGAGAACAUUAAAGAUCCGACCCACUCUGCUUAUCCUGUGCAAAUUCCCCAGCGCCAUGGUUACCAGACCAGUCAAGGUAGUGAUGAUGACUGGGAUGAUGACUGGGAUGACAGCUCUACUGUGGCGGCUGAGCCCGGAACUAAACAUGACAAUGAUGGAACUAGUUCCACAGCAUACACAGUGACUACUUCGUUGCCUGGGAGACGUGACAGUUCCCAAGCCAAAAGUUCAGCAACAAUAGGUAAAAACCUCAACAGGUUCUCAACCUUUGUGAAAUCUGGUGGAGAGGCUUUUGUAUUGGGAGAGGCGGCUGCCUUUGUCAAAGAUGGGGACAAGAUCUGUGUUGUCAUGGGGCAGUAUGGACCAGAGUGGCAGGAAGACCCAUACCCGUUUGCCUGCUCCAUCGAUGACCCCACCAAACAGACAAAAUUCAAAGGCAUGAAGAGUUACAUGUCAUACAGACUGACUCCAUCCCACACCCAGAGCCAGGUGAAUAGAAGAUACAAGCACUUUGACUGGCUCUACGCUCGACUUGUGGAACGCUUCCCUGUCAUCUCAGUUCCCCAUCUGCCUGAGAAACAGGCCACUGGGCGCUUUGAACAGGACUUUGUCUCCAAACGCAGAAAAGGUUUGAUAUGGUGGAUGAACCACAUGACGAGCCACCCUGUCCUGGCUAGAUGUGACGUGUUCCAGCACUUCCUCACCUGCCCCAGCACAGACGAGAAGACGUGGAAGAUGGGCAAGAGAAAGGCAGAGAAGGAUGAGUUGACUGGCGCUAACUUCUUCCUAACCAUCUCCACCCCGGCUGUUCCACUGGACCUACAGGAGGUAGAGAACAAGGUCGAUGGGUUUAAAGCCUUCACCAGGAAGAUGGAUGACAACUGCCUAGUGGUGAAUGCCACCAUCAACGAGUUCGCCCGGAAGCAGAUCACCGGGUUUAAGAAAGAGUAUCAGAAAGUGGGUCAGUCUUUCAAACUGUUGGGCCAAGCCUUUGAGAUGGACCAGCAGUCCUAUUCUGUAGGACUGAACCGUGCCAUAGCAUUCACAGGAGAGGCCUACGAGGCUAUAGGAGACUACUUUGCUGAGCAGCCCAGACAGGAUUUGGACCCCAUAUCGGAUCUGCUGGACCUGUACAAGGGACACCUGGCCAACUACCCUGAUAUCAUCCAUGUUCAGAAAGGUGCCCUUACCAAAGUGAAGGAGUGCCAGAAACAAGAAGGGGAGGGAUCAACCAUCAACGAGCGUUGUAACAUAAUUUCCUGCGCCACACUGGCUGAGAUCCAGCACUUUCACCGUACGCGCGUACGUGACUUCAAGAGCCAGAUGCAACACCACCUCCAGCAGCAAAUCAUCUUCUUCCAGAAGAUCACUGGGAAGCUAGAAGAGGCACUGCAGAAGUACGACGAGGAUAUCAUCUAAGGCCCUGGAGAGAGGAGCAUGGAUACAGAGGGAUAAAGAGAGGAGGAGGGGGGACUAAGGGAGAGGAGGGUGGAUACAGAGGAAUGAA